AUGAACGUUCUAUGUUAGAUUAUGGAACUAAAAAGCAAAGACUUGAGAGUGAUUCAUUUCGUUUAUUUGAUGCAUGCCACUUAUGUCUUUCUCAAACUCGUGAUACAGUUUCCUGUGAAGAAAAUGGAGAUAUUUUUUGCAAAGUAUGUAUUAUGGAGAAUCUUUUAACACAACGCAAAGAGAUAAAAAAGAUGGAGGAAGAAAUAGAGAAAAAGAAGCGUCAGGAUGAAAUAGAAGAGAAAAGAAUUGAAGAGAUUGUUAAGAUGCGUACUAUUAAAGAAUUUGAAGUAUUGCAAAUGGGAUUUAAUACACGUUAUAAUGAUAAUAAACAUGAUGAUGAUGAUGUUUUACAAAAAAAAGAAGUUAAAGAUGUAUUUAAACUUGACAAAAAAGAGCUUCUAAUGAUUGCGAAAAACGAUAGAGAUCGAGAAAAAUUAAAAUAUAUUAAAGAACAUGAAAUAGAAUCAAAGCCAAAAGCAGGAUCAUUCUGGAUUCCUUCUUCGACACCUUCAGCGAAUAAUAAGGAUAUUUUAAAAAAGCAAAAACGUGUACCUAUUUGUCCCGCAUCGAAUUCAGGCAACCCUCAUAAAAUAUCACUUAAGUCUUUAAUUUCGGUUAAUUUUACUGAGAAGAAAUCAACAGAAAGUAAAGAAACCCUCAGAAUUUGUCCUUCUUGUAAAAAAAAACUCUCUAAUAUAUCUGGCGCUUAUAUUAUGAAAUUAUGUGGUCAUGUUAUAUGUACUAUUUGUUUAGAUCAAUUUGUUCGUGAAUCCGGAGUUUGCUAUGUAUGUGAAUCUAGUUUAUAUGUACAAAAUAAUGGUACUAUGAAAAAUGAGUCUAAACUUUUGAUUCUGCAGCUUUCUAGUGAAGGGACUGGUUUUAGUGCUAAGAAAGAUGCGAUUGCCAAAAAAGUUGAUGUAGCUUUCCAAGGAAGCUAA